AUGCGGACGGUUUAUACAUCGAUGAAAGAUAUCACUCCAAGUACAAGGAAUUGGAAAAUCAAAAUGAUCGUGGCAGACAAGUCACCCAAACGAACAGGCCAACGCUCACCAGUGAAGUACCAAAGCCUAACAUUGAUUGAUCCAGAGGGAAAUCGAGUGCAAGCAACAAUGUUUGAUAAAGAUAUAGACUCGCGAGAUGAUACUUUACAUAUUUUCCGGUCAUAUUACAUCAGUAAUGCAUAUGUAAGGCCACUGGAUCCGAAGUAUAGAAUUGAAACACAUGAAUAUCAAUGGAUCUUAAAUUCCAAAACGAUAAUUGAGGAAGUUCCAAAGGAUGAAGAACAAUUGGAGGUACCAAAGUACCAACUCAUUCCGUUCAAUGAAUUAGACGCUUACAAAGACUCAAUUGCAGAAAUAGAUGUUUUAGCUGUUGCAAUCAAUAUCAAGCCAUGUAGAGAGAUAACUUCAGUACAUGGACCAACAACUAUUCAGGAAAUAUAUGUCAUUGAUCAAAGCUUAAACCCUAUAUGUUUAACUAUGUGGGGUCAAUUUGUGCAAGAUGAAUGCAAAAAAAUCUCAGAAAUAAUUGGGACAAAGCCAGUUAUACUUGGAACAAGAAUAAGAGUUGGUUCUUAUAAUGGAUUGUCUCUUUCAUCACGUCCGAAAAGUAAAUUUAUGAUCAAUCUUGUUCUUCCUGAGGCAACUUCAUUGCAAGAGUGUUGUCGAGCAUAUGUUCAACUCGACGAUGGUACAGGAAAACUAUCUGUUGUUAUGUUUGGUGAAGUUGUAGAGGAAGCAUUCGGUUGUUCGGCAGUUGAGCUAAUGAAUCAUACUGGUGAUGAACAUUUGCCUUAUAUAGAAAAUCUUGUAGCACAAGUUUCACAGAAAGAGUGGAUGAUUGAACUUUUAGUAGAUCCCAAUCGACUCAACCAACAACAGCACAAGAAUUUCAAUGUCAUUUCUAUUGAUGCAGUACAAGAAGACACAAAAUGA